AUGAAUGCCGAUGCUUCACUGGCUGAUGAGCUGAACACGUUUAUGCUCGCUGCGUGCAUGGAGUGCACCAGUGAAGACAACGCCUUCAUCAUCACAGAGCAUGCCGUGAGGAACACCUUCAGGAGGGUGAACACCAGGAGGGCAGCAGGACCAGAUGCAAUACCUGGCCGGGUCCUGAGAGCCUGCGCUGACCAGCUAGCACCGGUGUUCACGGAGAUCUUCAACCUCUCCCUGGCCCAAGCAGUGGUUCCUGUGUGCUUCAAAGAGUCCAUCAUUGUCCCUGUCCCAAAGAAACAACAGCCCGCUUGCCACAAUGAUUACCGCCCAGUAGCACUGAUUUCAGUUGUGAUGAAGUGUUUUGAAAGACUGAUGAGAGCUCACAUUACUUCUUCACUUCCUGCCUCCACUGACCCACUUCAGUUUGCUUACCGGACUAAUCGUUCCAGAGACGACGCCAUAUCUCACCUACUCCACACAUCCCUGAGUCACCUGGACACUGGCAGGGGGAAUUAUGUUAGGAUGCUGUUCGUGGACGUUCAGCCCACAUCAGACCCCACCUCCAUUGUCAAGUUUGCUGACGACACUGUUGUUGUGGGCCUGAUCUCCGACAACAUCGAGACGACCUACCUGGAGGAGAUUAGGAACCUGAAGACCUGGUGCCAGGAGAAUAAUCUCCUCCUAAACGUCAGCAAGACUAAGGAGCUGAUCGUGGACUUCACUACAAAGCAGACGAGGAAUUACAAGCUCCUCAUCAUCAGUGGCACGCCAGUGGAGAGAGUGGACAGUUUCCGAUACCUGGGUGUCCACAUCACUCAAGACCUGUCAUGGUCCUGCCACAUUAACACCCUGGUUAAGAAAGCCCGCCAGCGUCUCUUCUUCCUCAGAAGACUCAGAGACUUCCAUCUGCCACUGAGGGUGCUCAAGAACUUUUACUCCUGCGCCAUCGAGAGCGUCCUGACGGGAAACAUCUGCCCCUGGUUUGGGAACAGCACCAAGCAGGACAGACGAGAUCUGCAAAGAGUGGUGCGCUCAGCCGAACGCAUCAUUCGAUCAGAGCUUCCUGACCGGCUGUCCAUCUACACCAAGCGGUGCAAGACCAAAGCCAGGAAGAUUAUGAUGGACCUCUCUCAUCCCAACAAUGGACUCGUCUCACUGUUGAGGUCUGGGAAGCGCUUCCGCUCCCUUAAGGCCAAAGCAGAGAGAAUGAGGAGGAGCUUCUUCCCCCGGGCUAUUCGGGCCCUGAACCAGAGAUCGGAAGAGCACAUACCCCUUUGCUCUUGGCAUAUACAGUGUUCUGGAGAAGUCUGA